AAUGCUUUUUUAAUUUUGCACAUUUAUUUUAAAUAUACAUUCAUUAUGUUUACUCAGGUUUGUUAAUUAAAAACGUUAUAGUGUGUAGGAUCCACAUACAGUCAAUCACAGAUCAUCUGUAAGAAAUCUACAGUUUAGUGGUUUUUCAAGUUAACCCUUUUAAAUAAAGUACUUUUACAUGUAAUUUAAAAAUCCAUCUACCUAUUUAUUAAUCCGUUUAAUACUUAAAAGUGGAUGUGGUGAAGACUAGAUAACUGAACUGGACAAAAUUCAAAUAGAAAACAAAAUACAAAUGGCUAUAAGAGCGCAGUAGAAAGAAGUCGUUGUUAAAUUAAAACAAUUGUGGAAGUGCUUUAAACAUUUUUAGACAAUUUAAAUAUUUGUUUAAGUACACUCAAGAUAUUAACAUCUGUUUAAUCAACCAUUUUUUAACCUCAUAAAAUGCCACCUAAAUUGAAAUUUCAAGAAGGUGAAAAGGUGCUAUGUUUUCAUGGACCAUUAAUUUAUGAAGCAAAAUGUUUAAAGGCAACUGUUACAAAGGAAAAGCAGGUUAAAUACUUCAUACAUUAUGCAGGUUGGAACAAAAAUUGGGACGAAUGGGUACCUGAAAGUCGUGUAUUAAAAUACAAUGAGGCUAAUGUGGCUCGCCAAAAAGAAGUACAAAAAGCCCAUUCAACCAACUUAUCAUCCUCAAAAGCCAAGAAGAACAAAGCUCGUAAGAUUGAAGCGAAAGAAGGCGAUUCGAGGGCUAGCACCCCAGUAAACGAAGCUUCAAAAGCCGCCAAACAAAAACAACAAAUCACUACACCUUCUAGUAGUCAAGACUCGAGUUCAGACGUUCCUAAAAAGAAACGAGGACGAGCAGAUCAAUCAGUAGAGUCUGAGGAACAGUUUCUCAGUAAAGUUGAAGUGAAAGUUAAAAUUCCUGAUGAAUUAAAGCCAUGGCUUGUCGACGACUGGGAUAUAAUUACAAGACAAAGAAAACUGGCAAAUCUCCCUGCCAAAAUUACCAUUGAUGAAAUUUUAGAAAAUUACUUGUCGUAUAAAAGAUCAGCCAAAAAUAAUAACUCAAGUAAAGAAUCAGCUGCUGUUGAAAUCGUUAAUGGUAUAAAAGAAUACUUCAAUGUGAUGUUAGGGACUCAGUUGUUGUACAAAUUCGAGAGGCCACAGUAUGCAGAGAUAUUACAAAAUCAUCCAGACACACCUAUGUCUAAACUUUAUGGCUCAGCCCACUUGCUGAGACUUUUUGUAAAGUUGGGAUGCAUGCUUGCAUACACCCCUCUUGAUGAACGUAGUAUUCAACUUUUGUUGCAAAAUAUACAAGACUUUUUAAAAUAUCUGGUUAAAAAUAGCGCCACUUUAUUUAAUUUACAGGAAUAUAGCAACCCACCUCCAGAAUAUCACCGAAAGGCUCUGUGAUAUGAGGAGGAGUUUGAUUUUGAAGAUGGUUGAAUGUUAAAGCCUCUUUUUUGUUAUAUUCAUGUACAUUUUAUAUGUAAAUAUGUGAACUUAUUUAGAAUGAAGAUGGAACUGAUAUUAAUGCUUGUAAAAAAAUUACGAAAAUAUGUAAUUUUUAGGUAUUUAUAGCAUGCAGCUAUUGAACCAAUCAUGCUUGAUCAAUACAGUUUAUAAUUAAAUUAUUUGGUAAUUACAAACCAUUUAUUGUACUUAACAACUCUGUACCGCAUAGGCAUUUGUAUAUCAAAAUGGCUUUUGAAAAAAAAAAA